AUGUCUCAUCGAGAUUCAGAGCCAGAGGAGGCCAUUACCAAGGAAGAGAUCCGUGUCGCAGAACUCAUGGCUCCAAAGAGGAAAAUACCACCCGAGACAAAUGCAGCUCGGCCAUCGCGUAGUGGGAACCCUUUCAAAGACCGCCUGGGCUUGGGUGCAUAUCUCGAAGAUCCAGCCUCAUACCCAUCUUCACGCGUCAUCUAUCACAACGAGGACUUUGUCGCCAUAAACGACCGUUAUCCAAAGGCCACAAUACACACUCUUCUUCUCCCUCGGUCGUCAAAGUACAAUCUUCUCCAUCCAUUUGAUGCCCUAGAUGACCCAGAGGUCCUUGCCAAGGUGAAGACGGAGACUCAGCGCCUCAAGGCUCUGGUCGCAAAGGAACUCCAACGUCGUCUUGGCACGCACAGUGAGAGUGAUGCUCGUCGACAAGCCGUGCUCGAUGGAGAUGCCGAGCAGGACCAGGGUGGGGAACUUCCGGAGGGUCGGGACUGGGCUGCAGAAGUCAAGGCCGGCGUGCAUGCGGUACCAAGCAUGAGACACCUUCACGUGCAUGUUUUCUCGAGAGAUAUGUUCUCUGAAGCAUUGAGGCAUCGCAAACACUACAAUUCAUUCAAUACGCAGUUUCUGGUUGAUCUGGACGACUUUCCGCUUGCAGCUGAUGAUCCGCGCAGGAAUACGAAGGAGGAGGCUUAUUUGCGCUGGGAUAUGAAGUGCUGGAGGUGUGGGCUCAACUUUGGAAACCAAUUCCAAAAGCUAAAACGCCAUCUUGAAGAGGAGUAUGAGACAUGGAAGAAGCUUUAG